UUUGAUUUCUCUGGAGCUGUUUAAAGUGAGAGGAGGAGCAGAUUCCCUGCCCAGAAGUCUUCUUCCUCCUCCUCCUCGGUCCCUCAUAGAUACAGCUUCCGCUCCACUGAGCCGAUCCGAGCCGCCGCUGGUCGCUGUUUCUGUCAGUAAUGCUGGCUCUGCAGAAUCAGAGCCACACGGUUGUUUUGAUCACGAGUUGCAGCCUCCUGCCAGCAGCUGCUGAGCUUCCCUCGGCGGACAGCGGGACAACAACUGAUUCCUGCAAACACAUCAGAGGUGAGGUGGGCCGUCGUCUUGUGUGUGGCCUUCUGCCAUGUCUCGGUACCUGAGGCAUUUCACCGCCGUGGGCGACGUGCAGCCUGGCGAGUGGGUGGAGGAGGAGCUGCAUGUAGACAGUGAGGAGCUGAGCCCAGCGACCGGUCAGUACCCAGCAGCUCUCACCUUCAGGGCUUCACUGAAGAGGCUCUUCACCUCAGACCGCUUCCAGAUCGCUGUAGUGUGUUUGGUUAUCCUGGACGCCCUCUUCGUCAUGGCGGAGCUGCUAAUAGACCUGUCUGUCAUUAAGCUGGAACACGGUCAUCUUGCUCCUGAGGUGUUCCACUACCUCAGCCUGGCCCUCCUCACCUUCUUCAUGGUGGAGCUAGCUGGAAAGCUGUUUGUGUUCCGCCUUGAGUUCUUCUAUCACAAGUUUGAGGUGUUUGAUGCUUUAGUGGUGGUUGUAUCAUUUGUGCUGGACAUCGUUUUCAUCUUCCAUGAGGAUGCCUUUGAUGGAGUGGGUCUCCUCAUCCUGCUGAGACUUUGGAGGGUAGCCAGAAUUGUCAACGGAAUCUUGGUGUCGGUGAAAACUCGUGCAGACCAGAAAGUCCACAAGCUGAAGGAGAGCUACGAUCACCUCGUCGAAAGAGCAACAGAGCUACAGAAGCGCAAUGAUGAGCUGGCACAAGAAAACCAGAAGCUGCAGGCUCUGCUGAAGAAACAUGGCAUUGGAUUCUAACACUAUGAACUCCGUGGUCACCUUCUUCACAGACCUGAUCUGUGUAUGACUUGUUGUUUACCAGUCUCAUUUAAUAGUACGCCCCCUACAGGACAUUUCUGUUAAACGUCUAUUAAAAGUCAAUGAUGUUGAGUUUCAUGGGUUUGUAAACAUGUUCAGACUACUUCAGACUUGUAACUUGUACAGAAAUAUAUAUGCCAUCAAGUAUUAUGUUUUGUGAAAAGCAGCUUUAAAUAAGUUGAUCUUUGUAUUUGAUAGUAAAAAUAAAAUACUUUAUUU